CUCGGCCAUUAUCAUGAUAACAGUGAUCUGGCGCGAAAAACGCGGAAGCAGCCGGGCACAGCGAUCGCGAGAAAAGAGGCUUUCCUUGGAAGAAGUCCCAUUCAGCUGUUACCAUGGCAACUGCUAUGACCGACGCCCACCGCAUGUUCCUCCAGUCCAUCAUGACCCAUGGGGCACUGAAGGCACGCGAGGUCAAGGCCCUGUACAAGAAGUGUUGUGAGACCUUCAACAGACCAGUGGAACAUGAGAAUUUGGGAAAGUUUGUCAACGAAAUCAACCACCAUGUAGGACCCUUCUCCAUGAUGAUACAGAAGGGGGUGUCAGAAGAGGAUGGGGUGCAGUAUUAUGCACUGGUGAACAUGAUGGAGAGUGACAUCACCCAUCUGGCCUCAGACUACACGGAGACAGAGCUGGAGUUCUUUAAGAAGGUUCUGGAUCUGAUCGUGGACUCUGACACGGGCGUGGCGUCUUCCACGGACGUCCUGAACCUGACAGACCUGCUGCACGAGGAGCAGAACAGGAAGAUGAGGAAGAAGGAGGCGGAGGAUGUCAUAAGGAGGAUGGUACGAGACAGGUGGCUCAACGAGCACCAGGGCGAGAUCUCCCUGAGUGUGCGUGGCAUCCUGGAGCUAAAGCCUUACCUGAUGGAGCACUACAAGGACGACAUCAGGCAGUGUUGUCUGUGUGACCAGAUAGCUCUCAAGGGCCAACUCUGCCAGUCCGACAGCUGUGAGGCCAAAAUGCACUACUUCUGUGCGAACCGGUACUUCCGAGACAAGGACCAGCCCAGCUGCCCCCGCUGUAAGGCUGACUGGGACCAUAUGGUCAUUCAAGGUGCAAAUGGCCAUUCUCAGACUGAGCAGACACCAGCCUCACAGAGUCAUGGACGGAGGCGUAAGGUCCCGUCACACCAUGUCUGAUCCGGUCAAGGUUCUACUUUGCACAUUCCGGUAUCUAACAACAUUACAACAUUGAAAACAGCCAUUCAUGCAGAAGCUACUAGUAGAUGGAAGUGACUGUUGGGUUGGUACAGUUUACUCAUGUACCAUGCUGUGAACACUGAUGAUGUGUCAGAUCUUCUAACAUUCCAGCAUUAAGAUGGUUUAUGUCUGUCACAAGGCUCUUGGAGAAGGCCAUUGUUUUUGAUAAGGUAGUUUGUAAAUGACAUUUGUAGUGUGAUGGAUGGUUAUUUGUUUUAAUGUUGUUAAAGUGAACAAAUGUUGCAAUAUUCAGUCGCAAGAAAAGUCGCAUGGAAGAAAACCAUCCAUGUUUGUGCAAGAGGCAAUAAAAGCAAAGAUAAAACACAACAUUUACCAGCACACAUUGAUUUCUUAAGGCUGAUUUGAGUCCAUGUAAAAUAUGUUAGCAUCACCUACAUGUAGAGCCUGUAGUGCCAAGCCAAAUAGGCAGGGGGUGUUUGUUGCUGUAGCUUGCAUGCAUACACUAAGCUAACCACUAAACUUACCAAUCUAUUACUAUUUAUUUCAUUCAUACCAGUUUUAUAUGGAGAAGAUGCAGUAGUGCCCUCCACAUAAUAUUUCCUACCCAUGUUGGUUCUUUAUGUUCUAUAUAUCUGUUCCUUUUAUG